GGAAGCUGGCUUUCUGGCAUCGAGGGGUUUCAGUGCCUUCCCCUCGGUGGGGGCGGGGGCGUGUGUGCGUUCAGGACAGCGUCCUGGGGGGGGGGGGUGCGUGUAUCUGGCAUGCCCAGGACUGGAACGAUCAACAUUCAUCUGUGAUACACCAGACGGUAGAGCUGACUCCGGCUGGCAGCCAGGGAGGGUUUUGACAUCAGACUCUCCGCUGAAGUUUAGGGGCUAGCCGAGGGAAGCAGGGAGCAACUUCUCCACCGAUGGAUCUACAGGGGACGGGCACCAGCUGCACCAGGGGCUGAGAUCCGUUCAGCUCACUUGCCUCUCCCAAAAGAACCUUUAGUUCACCCCCUCCGCCCCGUCAGCGACUUUCCAGGGAGACUCUCUCCCUUCCCCUUUGCUGGAUGGUGGAAGAAGGCGUGGGCAGCGGGGACAGGGCACCCCACAGGGGGCUGCGGGGACCCCGUCGUCCUCUGGCUGCGCCGAGGAACAUGUCGGUGGUGGGCAAGGCCCUGUGGAGCGUGGAGCGGGCGGGGAAGGGCUGGCGAUUUGAGCAGCCCAUCGGUGUGGACUGCAGCUCGCCCGAGCCCCGCUGCAUCUGGUUGAGCAGCCUGCGGAAUGACAAUGCCGACCUGGAGCACAGGUGGUACCGUGCCGGGGCCGCCCUCCCCAGGCAGAAACGCCGCUCGCGCCCUCGGCUGGAGACACGCCACACGCCGCCGCUGGGCCGGAGAGAUGGGACCUCUCCGAAUGACAACGCCCCCCUGGACGAGUCCUUCCCCUGGGUGGGGCCGAAGACGGUGCUGCUCCGGAAGAGCUCGCAGGGGGGGUUCGGCUUCACCCUCCGACAUUUCAUCGUCUACCCCCCGGAGUCGGCGGUCCACUCCAAUGUCAAGGAGGAAGAGAAUGGAAACCGAGGAGGUCCCCAGCGGAGCCGCCUGGAGCCCAUGGACACCAUCUUUGUGAAGAAUGUGAAGGAAGAUGGGCCUGCGCACCAGGCUGGCCUCCGCACAGGAGACCGGCUUGUCAAGGUGAACGGGGAGAGCAUCAUCGGGAAAACCUACUCCCAGGUCAUAGCGCUGAUCCAGAACAGUGACGAUGCCUUGGAACUCUCCAUCAUGCCCAAAGACGAGGACGUCCUCCAGCUGGCCUAUUCUCAGGAUGCCUACUUGAAGGGCAAUGAACCCUACUCCGGGGGAGCCCAGAGCAUCCCGGAGCCACCUCCCGUCUGUUACCCACGGAAGACCUACCCGUUCCAGUCCAGGGCUCCCAGCCGGGAGGUGAUGGUAGCCGAGCCUUUGCAGGGACAGCAGGCGGACGGCAGAUCCUACCGGCCUGCUCCUUCAGGCCCAUCUUCCCCCUUGAACAGCGCGGCGCUCGGCAGCUCCAUGCCCAGCACGUGGAACGAGGCCAGAAGCGACGCCGCUCGGGAGAUCGGCAGCACCCAUUCCAGCCCGGCCCACCGCACAGAAGAGAUCCAGUAUGGAAUGACCCAGCCGAGGCCCAGGAUGCCCGUCGCAAGGCCGGUCCCAGCCCCCGGCUCCUUCUCGCGCGUCUCCAACACCAGCUUUGCAGGUCCCCUUGCUUCUUCCUUGCCAGAGAGGUACGGUGUCCCGACUGCUUCCUCCAUGGCCAGCCAGGCCUGCUACGGGGUCCCCAGGCACCUCCCAGACCAUCGGACUCACUGCGGUUUCAAGGAUGGCCGGGAUGUUAGCAUGGGGCCUGGCGGCCCGGGCCGUCCCUCCUGGGAGUAUCUGGGCGGCCCCAAGGCCGUCAGCCGGCUGGAGUGCCAGCAGGCGCUCUCCAACUGGCUGUCCAGCCAGGUGCCACGCCGGAGCACCUCGGAAGAGCGGAGGUACGCCAUGCCACCCCGGUACCGCAGCGUCUCUCAGGACCGCCUGGGAGACACCCCGGCCUCCAGAGGCUGGCCCCACAGUGCCUCGCAAGACACCUUGCUCCAGCCCAGCCACGACAGCUGGGGCUACCGGGCCCGGUCCGACAACUCCCUGGGGAGGUACGGGCGCUCCAUGGAGGCGCUGGAGCAGAGCGCCCUGGUCUCGCCCCGCUUGGACAAGUGCACGUGGCUGCCGGAGAAGUUCUAUAGGCCGGGCCCCGGGCAAGUUGCCCGAGCUCAGCCUAGCCAGACAAGUUCGUACGCCCCCUCCUGCUCCUCUAGAGAGCCUCCCCCCGCCCACGUGCAGAAACACCCUUCCCAGCCCAACCUGCAGAGCGUCGACGACUCGGGGUACAUUGGGUAUAGAAGCUACAGCCCCUCCUUUCAGCGCAGGACUGGCCUACUCCACGCACUCUCCUUCAGGGACCCUAUCUUUGGUGGCCUUCCAGUGUUCAAUAUAUCGCAAAGGCAAGGAACCCAACCAGCACCUUACCCGGACAGGUCCCCGUCACUGCCAGCUGCCGCCCCCCCUGGCCCGGAGCCCCCGCCGGGCAGUGGGCCCGAGAUUCCCAAGGACCAAAGAACCCCCAGCCAAGACAGCGGUGCCAGGUCUCUCCAGCCGCCUCUGCCUCGGCCCGAGGCGGAGGAGAGGAAAGAGGAGGUGGUCCUCAGGCAGAAGCCCCCCACGGGCCGCAAGGCGCCGGCCCCCGCCAGGCAGAUGAACUUCAUCUUCCCCGACCACAUGAAGGAAACGGACAUUUGUGACCCGCCGCUGAGCGGCAAAGGGGACAAGCCACCGACGGAGCGGCCCGCCCGGAGGGUGGCACCAUUGGCAGUGCCAGAGGAUUCCCUGGCAUCCAUUCCAUUUAUAGACGAGCCGACGAGCCCCAGCAUCGACCUGAAGGCAAAGCACAUCCCUGCCUCCUCCGUCGUUUCCAGCGCCGUGAACUCUGCCCCCGCCAUCACCGGCAGCCCCUCCUCACCCACCUUCACCUUCGCCGUCAGCCGCCAUUACUCCCAGGACUGCAGCAGCAUCAAAGCCAGCCGCCGAUCCUCCUACCUCCUGGCCAUUACAACGGAGCGCUCCAAGUCGUGUGACGAUGGUCUGAACACAUUUCGUGACGAGGGGAAGAUCCUAAGGAGGAUGCCAAGCCGGGUGCCGAGUCUGCGCAUGCUGAGGAGUUUCUUCACGGACGGGUCUCUGGACAGCCUCGGAAUGUCUGAAGACACGAGAUCAAAGAGGCACUCGACCUCCGACCUCUCGGACGUGACUUUCAGUGACGUGAGGAAAGAGGGCUGGCUCCACUACAAACAGAUCCUCACCAAAAAGGGGAAGAAAGUUGGCGGGGGCAUCCGGCAGUGGAAGCGCGUCUUCGCCGUUCUUCGCGCACACUCCCUUUACCUGUGCAAGGACAGGCGGGAGGCCGUGACCUACGCGCCGCCCCAAGGUGAGGAGGAGCAGCCGAUCAGCAUCCGAGCGUGCCUGGUGGACAUUUCCUACAGCGAGACCAAGAGGAAGCACGUCUUCCGGCUGACGACCGCUGACUUCUGUGAAUAUCUCUUUCAGGCAGAGGAUCGGGACGACAUGCUGGCCUGGAUCAAAGUCGUCAGGGAGAACAGCAAGGCCGAGGGCGAGGACCCUGGGUUUGCAAGCCAAGCGCUUAUCAACAAGAAGCUAAAUGACUACCGGAAAGUGAGCCCCUCUGGAACGAAACCAGACUCUUCCCCCAAGGGCUCGCGCGGGCUGGGGAUCAAGGCCGAGCUCCUGAAGCAGACAGGGACGAGCGCCCCCCGCUCCCCAAGGCAGGACAUGGCCGUGACUAAAGAUGACGGUGCCCCCCAGAAAGCCCCUUGGGGCAUCAACAUCAUGAAAAAGAACAAGAAAUCCGCUCCGCGGGCCUUCGGCGUCAGGCUGGAGGACUGCCAGCCCGCCCCAGCCAACAAGAACGUCCCGCUGAUCGUGGAAGCCUGCUGCAAGGUGGUGGAGGACAAGGGGCUGGAGUACAUGGGCAUCUACCGCGUGCCCGGGAACAACGCCGUGGUGUCCAGCCUGCAGGAGCAGCUCAACAAGGGAAGCACCGAGAUCAACCUGCAGGAUGAGAGAUGGCAGGACCUGAACGUCAUCAGCAGUCUGUUGAAAUCCUUCUUCCGGAAGCUCCCGGAGCCCCUGUUCACAGACGAUAAGUACAACGACUUCAUCGAAGCCAACCGGAUAGAAGAUGCCAGCGAGAGGAUGAAGACGUUGCGGAAACUGAUCCGGGACCUGCCGGGGCAAUACUAUGAGACGCUCAAGUUCCUGGUGGGGCACCUAAAGACCAUCGCGGACCACUCCGAGAAGAACAAGAUGGAGCCCCGGAACCUGGCCCUGGUCUUCGGCCCCACGCUGGUCCGCACGUCCGAGGACAACAUGACGGACAUGGUGACGCACAUGCCAGACCGCUACAAAAUCGUGGAGACCCUCAUCCAGCACUCGGACUGGUUCUUCAGCGACAAGGAGGACAAGGGGGAGAAGACCCCUGUGGACGAGAAGGAGGCGCAGUCGGUGCCGAACAUCGAGUACCUGCUCCCCAACAUCGGGAGGACGGUGGUGCCAGGGGACGCCUCAGAUUCAACCAAUAGCAGCUCUGCCAAAUCGAAGCAGGGCUCGGGGGUGCCCCGGAAGGAUCAGUACAACAAGGAGCUGCUCGCCAUCUCCUUCAUCGCCGCCGUCAACCGCAAGAGGAAGAAGCGGCGGGAGGCCAAGCGUUUGGGGAGCAGCACGGACGACGACUCGGAGCACGAGGCCACCAAGGGCGCCAGCAAAGGCAGAGCCGAGGAGGCCAGGGGCGGGGGCGCGGAGGAGGAAGAAGCCAAGGGGCCGGGGUGCGGCGUGGCCCCCGGAGAGCCAGGCCCAACGCGCGACGCUCCGAGCCGCCGAGCGAGCACAGAGGAGCAGGCGGGACCGAGGGAGCCAGCGCCGGACGCCCGGUCCAUCGUCUCGGGCUAUUCCACCCUGUCCACCAUCGACCGCAGCCUGUGCUCGGAGGUGCAGUCGGUGGCCGAGAGCCGAGGUGACGAGGCGGACGACGAGCGCAGCGAAUUCAGCCACGUGGAGACGGACACGGAGAGCAGCUUCCUGCUGGGGAGGGCGGGGCCGGGCACCGGGCAGGGGCCCGAGGCGGAGAGCGGCGAGAAGGAGAAACUCGCCCGGGCCUCCUUCAACUCCCACCGGCUCAUCCAGUGCGACACGCUGGCCCGCAGAAAGCUGGCGCGGCCCCGGCCGGACAGCGAGUCGUCCACCAAGGGCAGCCAGGAGUCCCUGCAGCCCCCGGGGGCCGGCGGGGAGCCGUGGGGCAGCGGGGCCCCGGCCAGGCCCUCGCUGACGGAGCAGAUCCGCCUGCGUCUGCGCGGCUCGGCCGACGACAUGCUGGCCGUGCGCCUGCGCAAGCCCCACUCCCCGGAGACGCGGCGCAAGAAGAGCUCCUGGAGGCGCCAUACGGUGGUGGUGCCCGGCGGCCUGAAGGACCUCAACUUCAACGAGUGGAAGGAGCAGCAGACACCGGGCCAGGGACCCCCCGUCGGUCCCGAGCUCUGCCCCCUGGACACCAGCGCCUCCUGCAGGGACCUGCACAGAGACAACAAGGACUCGGGCCUCAGCAGCCUGGAGUCGACCAAGGCCAGGCCCUCCUCGUCCUCGGCACUGAGCCACCAGGGCGGCGCCGGUGAGCAGCUGCACAGUAAGGGCCCGGAGGGGAACCCUGGCGACCGGGGCCCGGCUCCCACCCGCGCAGCUUCUUUCCGCUUCCACCAUUGUCUCUAACCCCCGCGUCCCUCUGGAACCCGAGGCCUGUCUCUGUUUCACCCGCCCCCUAUCUCUCUCGCCCCCUGUGCUGCCUCUUGUGGCGAAGGCUGAAGUACCCUCUCUGGGCGGUUCCCCAUCCGCACAGAGGUUGGAGCGCCCCCUAGGGGCCAGCAGCCACUCGCCCUGAUUUUGCCGGCCUUGCCCCUUGAGCGUCCCUUGGCCUUUCUCACGGGGCUCCCUAGGCUGCCGGAGACGCCCCCGGCUGCGCUGCCUGGCUGGCGCUCGGGCGCGGCGUUCAUUGAACGACCCUCCCUUGGUUUGGGGAUGUAAUCGUGAGUCUGUUUGAUUUGUCUCCCUUUUUAAGACUCCCCCGCCCCUGACUUUGCCAGGCCAGGCCUGGGUGGGGGAUUGUCCGCAGCUCGGAGCGUCCCGGCCUCGCCACAGAGCCGGGAUCCCAGCCCUUUGGGUCCAGCCCGCAGCUGGGAUGGGCGGGCACAGCGCACCCACAGGAAGCACUUGGCCUGAGACAGGCAACCCCUCCCCGGCCUCCUGGCCACCCAGCACAUCUCCUUGCGUGGCUGCGGGGUCCCUGAGGCUGCCAGAUCCGCUCUGCUGUCCCUCAGACGUCACAGGGGGGAGCGUGCUUGGCUCUUGCUGCCCCCGCCCUUGGUGGGGGAUCCCACGGUUCCUGCCAAGGGCUGCUCCCCGCUGACGCGGGGGGUUGGGGUGGGGGAAGGAUGCUCCGAUUUCCAUGAGACCGUUGCCAGCCCCCCGCUGCCAGCCCCCAAACCUCCCAGCAGGAGCAGGUGCCUCUGAAAUCCUGCCACAGCUCUGGCAUCACAUUACUGUGCCCCUCCUCCUGCCCCCCUCGGCUCAGAGAAAGUGCCCCCUGGUGUGCAAGGAACUGCUGGGUGGCUUUGAACAGAGGGUCCCUGGCACCCCAGUCAAGCCCGCCCCCGAGGGCCCCCCCUUUCCCAAGCCGGUUCUCC